AUGGACAUUGAAGAAAUUUCUUUCAAUACACCAGACUCAGACCUAGAUUUCAGCUUUACCAGCUGCGCCUCCGCCUCCACUACCACCACCACCACCGAUCGUACUCUUAGCGCUCGUAGUAGCUUAGCACGCACUAUAAAGGCCGUCACCACGUUAUCCUCUGACGGAGCACUUCACCUUCGUCAUCUUAAACUUCUCCGCCUUGUCGGCUCUGGUAACCUCGGCCGUGUCUUCCUCUGUCGUCUACGCGACUAUGAUCACGCAAACUUCGCCCUCAAGGUCGUUGACCGGGAUUCCUUGACGUCCAAGAAACUAACUCACGUUCAAACUGAAGCUCAAAUCCUCUCCUCGCUUGAUCACCCUUUUCUACCUACACUCUAUGCUCACUUGGAAGUUUCUCAUUACACUUGCCUUCUCAUGGAUUACUGUCCCAAUGGUGACUUACAUUCCUUGCUCAGCAAGCAACCCGGAAACCGGUUAUUGGUUCAAGCGGUCAGGUUCUACACAGCUGAAAUUCUACUAGCACUUGAAUAUUUACAUGCACAAGGCAUCGUAUACCGUGAUCUCAAACCAGAAAACAUAUUGAUCCGUGAAGAUGGCCACAUUAUGUUAUCAGAUUUUGAUUUGUGUUUCAAUUCUGAUGUCUCGCCAAAAUUGGAAAAUAGGACAGAGAUUAAGUUGGGCUCGAGAAAAAGUUGUUAUGGUGACUGGAAACAGGAGGAACGGGUCACUGAGUUUGUAGCCGAGCCAACGACAGCGUUUUCAAGAUCGUGCGUCGGGACCCAUGAGUACUUGGCGCCGGAGUUAGUUAACGGUAACGGCCAUGGUAACGGAGUCGACUGGUGGGCAUUUGGCAUUUUAAUAUACGAGUUGUUGUAUGGGACGACCCCGUUUAAGGGAGCGAGUAAAGAAUCCACCCUGCGCAAUAUAGCAUCUACUAAAGGGGUGAGGUUCCAAGUAGCAGAAGGAGAAAGGGAGGAACCCGGGAUGGCCGAGGCUCGGGACUUGAUAGAGAAGUUGUUGGUUAAGGACCCGAGGAGGAGGCUAGGGUGUACCAGGGGUGCAACCGAUAUUAAAUGUCAUCCAUUUUUUAACGCAGUUAAGUGGCCGUUAAUCCGUACUUACCGGCCGCCGGAAGUACGUGGGUUGGCCGUUAAGCGUAGCAAGAUUAAGACGAACACGAGUCAUGUGACCGGAGUUUUGACCCCUAGAAGGCGUUGCUUUUGGAAGAGAUUAAGUUAUUCGAUGAGGCUUAAGGGGUCUAAGUACAACUUAAACUCUAAUCACAAUUAUUAUUCUUACAUUCAUAACAAGAACAAGAAAUUUUCUUGA